AUGUCGGAUGUACUCUGGUUUAGCAGCUUGAACGGGACCGUCACCCCAACUGGAUCCCCCAAAUUUGGGACAAACCACGAAACAACCCAUGGCCUCUCGUUCGCCUCCCACACAUCAUAUCUAGAUCCUGCAAACUUCGCUACUCUGCUCAGGCCAUACCCAAUCUUCAUUCUUAUUCUCAUUUUCUUCAGCGCUCUCAACCGCAAGUCCUUCCCCUUCAUCUGGCACCUCCGCGUCCUCAAUGCCUUCCGCUUCACAAUCAGGACCCUCCGGCCACAAGUACGGCCUCGUCCCUCAAUGGUUUUCCAACCUAUGAUCACUUCCUCCUCAGCCGACCUUGCAGAAAUGGAUUUUAACCUCCACAAGACAAACUCAUCCUACUUCGCUGAUGCAGACAUCGCCCGCGCCCACCUCAUGUCAACCCUCUUCGCCCCAGCCAUAGAGCACAUGCGCGGUGGUUCAGGAGCCUACACCGGAGCCGGCGCUCCCCUCUUCGGCCUUGCACUGGGUGCGGUUUCGUGUUCUUUCCGUCGCGAGAUCCACCCAGGAAGCUCCUUCGACAUGUGGACCCGCAUUCUGUCCUGGGACGACAAGUGGUUUUACAUCGCCACGCACUUCGUUCGCAAGGGCGCCGGCAACCCGGGCACGAGCAGCCUGUAUCCUGACCAGGGGCUGCGAGGAGGCUCCAAGUCGUUCAACGCGGAAAGAGAUUUAUACGCGACGGCCCUGAGCCGUUGCGUGUUUAAGUCGGGCCGCAAGACCGCAUCUCCGGCGGACAUGCUCCGCAUGGCCUGUCUUGUGCCCAAUGACGACGCUCCGUCUGUUGAAUCGGACGAAGAGACCGACAAUGAGAUACGGGACUUCGAGGAGCAUCGCCAGUGCGGUAUGAAGCUUGCGUCGAUGCUGACCAAAGAGAACCAGCUUGCGCUUGAAGCCGAGUUCCACGGUGGUGAGGGCGAGGUGCUCGGCAGACACACGGAUGGGACAGGAGUCGCCGGCGUGGUUCUCACACUACUACAACUGGUUGGCCUAAAGAGGAAAUGGUAUUUGUAG